AUUCAUAAUGACCCCUAGCCCUUAUUUAGUGCUUUUCAGCACCAGAGCUCAAAGCGCUUUACAAAGGAGGUCAAUCUCAUUAUCCCCAUCUUGUAGAUGCGGAAACUGAGGCACAGGGAGGGGGCGUGACUUGCCCGAGGACACAACUAGCAUGCUAGUGGAAGAGCUGGGAAUAGAAUUUAGGUCUCUGGAGACCCAUCCCCUUGUUCUGUCCACUAGCUAAGUACCGUGGACCUAAAAACCCAGAGAAAAGCCUGAGCCCCUUCCUUCAGCUCUCUGCUAGCACAUGGGCGUUGGCUCCACCCCAAUUUGCUCAUUGGGAUGUUGUGCUCCCUGCAGUUAAGACUCUUCAGUGAGCAUUGGGUGGUUAAGACCUUGGUUUUAUAUCUCAGAAAGAGAGCAGCAGAGCUCCGGGAGAGGAAUUGUUUUAUUACAUGCCACAAGCACCAACAGAGCUUCUUGCAUGGGCUGGGCGCCGGGGAGGCGGUCAAAGGGGCAUGUUGCAGUCGAUCACAUAAGUGGUUGCGAAAAUGAAGGUAGCGGCAUAUCUCUAUCGUGACAAGGUCCAGGGCUGUGCAGUGGCUGGCGCAUGGGUGUGACAAGGUGACGGGGAUUGGGCGAUCGGAUUCUACGCUACAAACCUAGCUGGAUCGGGAGAAUGGUUCCAGAUUUGUAAUCUAGUCAGGCCCCAGCACCUGUUUCAGCAGCUGUUUGUGCCUAAAGAUGUGCUCCUGGUCGAAGAGUGCAAUAGAGAGGGAGUUAAAAGUGGCUGGAAACUGCAAGGAAGCAGUUUACAUCUCUUACUUCUGUCAGGGCGUGUGGGCUGGGGGAUUCGCUGUGUGGUGCGGGGGUGUGUUGAGGGGUAGAAUGUCACAGAGGUGUCAGAAUCUGGCUCUAAAGUGUUCAGGAAGCAUGUAAUGGAUUAGGCUUGUUUUUUACACUCUCGCUCUUGACCACUGAGUUCCUGUUUUUAUGGCGGUAGCGAGGUGAGCACAUGCUGUGUAGCAGCUCCUCUCCUCUCAAACCUCACACCUCCGCCUCCCGAGAGCCCCUUCUCCCCCCUGCCGCAGAGGAGAUGCGAGUGCGCUCAGGGAAGGAGCGGGGUAUAUAACUACGAGCGGAAAUGCCCCCCGGCAGAAGCGGUGGGGCGACGACGUCUGCAGACGGCUCAGCGUGGCGGCAGCAUGAAGGCAGAUAGGAAAUUGCUUUUCCUGGUGCUGCUGUUCCUCCCCAUUGGGAAGGCUGGGUUUGGCGUGAGAAUUGUCCCCUGCAUCUGCCUUGCUCCCCAUCCCCGUGCAUUGGGGCACGUCGUGCUGUUUCUUUACAGCAGGCCAGCUCCAGUCUUCGAUCAUUGGAGGACGUGAAGCAUUGCCUCACUCCAGGCCCUACAUGGUGUCUAUCCACAAAGGAGACAUUCCUGCCUGCGGGGGAGUCCUAGUCCACAAGCGCUGGGUGCUGACGGCUGCGCACUGCUAUUCCGACCUGCGUAAGGGUCUCAUCAGGGUGCUGGUGGGUCUCCAUCGGCAGCCCAGGAGAAAUGCUGGAGUGCAGGUCUUCACUGUCGCGAAGUUUGUCCCGCAUCCUUCCUUCAACCGCACGACUUUAGCAAAUGACAUCAUGCUGCUGAAGCUGGACAGGAAGGUGGUUUGGAACAAGGAGACAAGGCUUCUCCCCCUGUCCAAGAAGAAUGCAGCCCCGGGGACGCUGUGCAGCGUGGCUGGCUGGGGGAGGUUCAGAGAGGGAAGCAAGUAUUCCCCUGUCCUGCGCGAACUCAACGUCAAGGUGAUGGACAUCAGGAUGUGCAACAACAGCCGGUACUGGGAUGGCGAGGUCACCAGCACCAUGAUGUGCUUCGAAGGGGUCGAGAAGGGCUCUGCCCCCUGCCAGGGUGAUUCCGGGGGCCCUGUGGUAUGUGGCAAGAAAGCGGAGGUAGCCGGCGUGAUCUCCUUCACGGACAAAAGCUGUGUCAACAUGUUCAAACCGCCCGUCGCGACGGCUGUCUUUAAAUACAAGACGUGGAUCAAAAAAUACCUACGCUGGAGCUGAGCCCUGUAACUGCAGCAUCGUCUGUAAGCUUGCCUGUCUGUCUCCUCUGCCCUGUAUUGACCCCUUGUGGCUUCCCUAUGCUGCCAGGUUAGAGAUCAGCUCACUCACCCAGCCGCAUGUGCCUCAUCCAUCCGUCUGGGCACUGCUGGUGCAACUCCACCCCCCUGUGCCUACCUGUUCUCUUACAGAGACUUCAGCUCUGUCCUUCUCUCUCUCGGGCCUGGCAUGCAAACUGUCCGCCUGCGUCACGCUUCCGGCUGCUGAUUUGAAGUAAAAGUGAAACCUCAUCUGGUC